AUGAUCCUGGUGCACACAGUGUUCAUCACGUUUCUGCAUACCCGUUUAUUUUCUGAAAUCGAGGGAACCAAUUCGGACGCAGUUGCAUUCCCCCGCGAAGUCGAAUUUUGCGCUGCUCACAGACAAUGCUACCGGUACGCGCUUCAUGACAACAAGACCGGUUAUAUGGUCCCCAUAGGAUACACGGGUGAAGAACCCGGGCUCCAAAAGUCUAAAUCCAUGUGGAUUAAUUUGCAUGCUUUGCUAUCCGAGACCAGUCCGGCGGGAGGCAAAGAUUGGAUUUACGGAGACAUGGCUUCAUCGUCUGAACGGCAAUCAAUCGAUCCUGAUAUUCGUACACACGAUGUUGAUAGUGACGACAGAGUGGCGUUUAUUACAUCCAACGGAACUAUCGAGAGAACGAAUACGGAAGUUGGACGCCACACAUUCGCUUGUAGUUUCCGUGAAGUUACAAACGGUGGAACUGUGGUUCGACAUGAGAAGUUCACUUUGGAUUCAACAAUUAAUCCAAGGAAACUGGUCGCCAAAUCGGACAAAACAACUGGCUGUUUCAUUAGUUAUUUGGAAAACACAUUGAUGCAUUGUGCACUAAGAUGUCAUUUGCACGCAAUGUGUCGCUCGUUCUAUUACAAUCUCGAUAUCCAGGUGUGCAUCCAAACUGAGUUUGUAGACUCACUACUGUCUCGAGCAGAGGCGGGGACCGUCAAUUUGAGAUCGUGGAGACGUUUCGCGCGACCACAGUGGAUUGUAGGCAAAUCGAAUGGGAAAUAG